CAUGUAACUUUGUCUCAGCGGCGGAGUGACCUCACCCAGGCGGGUACACCCCACUCUCUCGUGGCAGAGCCUUACCCACGAAGGCCAAAGAGUCGAUGGAGUCGAGCAUGGGAGGCGGGGGGAGAUCUUAUUCCCUAACAAAGCAAGUGAAUAAAAUCAGGUAUAAAUAUCGGCGGUCACCUGAUGCUGGACACAUCCACAUCUGCCACCGCCACUGCACAAUGACCGCCAAGGUGCUCCUCUUCCUGACUUUGGUGGCAGCUGCCGCAGCCGAGGGCUCUCGCUCCCACGAGGAGCCCUACAGGUCUCACGAAUCUUACGAGUCCGAGGAGCCCAAAUACGAGUACAGCUACCAGGUCAAAGACGACAACGACAACGACUUCGGUAACGAAGAAAACCGUGACGGUGACCUCACCAAAGGGUCAUUCUACAACCACCUGCCCGACGGCCGCCGCCAGACGGUGAAAUACGUGGUGGACAGACAAUCCGGCUUCUUGGCCGACGUCAACUACGAGGGCGAGGCUCAUUACGACUCUGGCUCCUACGAGUCCCACCAUCGGCAGGUCCGGGAGUCCUCCAGGCCGGGCCACGGAUCAGACUCCCUAGAGCAGCGAGAGUCUCCCUUUAGUUUCCUUUCCCGCCACUCCCGUCAUUCCAGUGAGUCCAGAUUUAGGUUUGGCUUCCAGGACUCACUUGAGUCAGGCAGACCCAGCAGAGAGUCCAGGGAGUCCACAGAGAACAAUGGUAAUUCAAGGUCCUCAGAGUCCAGGAGGCACCACAGCCCCGUGUACUACCAGCCUAUGCUCGACUCAGUGGAGUACCAGUCCAGGUCUGAUGAGAGUGACGAGGACUACCUGAUGUCCGCCGCGUAUUUCAUCGACAACUACAGACCACAGAUCCGCUACCAGCCCAGCUAAGUAGGCCUGCCUGCCUCCAAGGAAAAUGCUCUUCGUCUUCUAAGUCUAGAUGAUUCCAGCUCAGUCAGGCAGGAACAAGAUCUCACUUUCUCUGACCUCCAGGCCCCGCGCUGUCCUUCACUGUGGCGCGAGUGUGCCUCAAUCAAUAAGCGACCAAUGACACACGGGGAGAACAAGGUCACGUCAAAUUUGUGCUGUUCCCAUUACAAACAAACAUUCAUAGCUAUUGUAUAAAUUCUCAAAUUAUGAGCACCACCUCCCUCUGUCGCCAGCGUGCUGCCAGCUUUCAGACAAAAGUAGCAUUCCCAUCACAGCCAGCCAAAACGAUAAUUAUCUACAGUGAGUUAUUGCAGCACAAAAGCUUGUUAAAGAUAUGACUGUAAUGUUGCCAAGAUGAUUUAAAAUGUAGCAAUGAAACCAUUCUUAUUUAACUAUUUAUCUGCUGAUCGCGGUGAAGUAAAGGUUGCAA